UUUAAAACUCCCCACCGUCAACCGCCCUACCCCCCUUCCCCAUCCCCAUUUCCUCUCUGCAGCUUGCCCUCCUUGUAAUUGACGACGCAGGCGGUAUUCACCGGCGGCGACUCAGCGACGGCGAUCGUUACUUCAUCAAGCGAAGAUCACGAUUCAUCAUCAACUGAGGAUGCAGGAAACCAGUAAGCUGAAGAUCGGGCUGUGUCAGUUAUCAGUCACCUCAGAGAAGAAAGUCAACAACGAGAAAGCACGAAGCUCGAUCGAGUACGCUUCCAAACAAGGCGCCAAAUUAGUGGUUUUACCUGAGCUGUGGAACUGCCCUAAUUCGAGUGAUUUCAUCGCGCUAUUUGCUGAGGAUUUUGAGGACGAAGAAAGUGCUUCUUCGUUCAAAACGAUGUCGCAAGUUGCUCGUGAACAGAAGAUAAUUGUUGUUGGAGGUUCGGUUCCUGAACGGAGUGGUGAUCGGUUGUACAACACUUGUUGUGUCUUCUCAAGCAACGGAGAAUUGUUAGCUAAGCACAGAAAAAUACAUUUGUUUGAUAUUAACAUCGAAGGGGAUAUUGCAUUCCGUGAGUCGGAUACAUUUGCAGCUGGAUCUGAUCCUACAGUAGUUGACACUGAUGUUGGUUGUAUUGGAAUUGGCAUUUGCCAUGACAUUGGUUUCCCUGAGCUUGCUAUGCUGUACAGGGACAGAGGUGCUCAUUUAAUUUGCUACCCUGGAGCUUUCAACAUUAGCACUGGCGAAGCACUUUGGGAACUCGAGCAACGAGCAAGGACAGUAGAUAACCAGCUUUUUGUUGCUACUUGCUCACCUUCCCGUGAUUCUGCUGGUUCAUACCCGAUAUGGGGCCAUUCUACUCUUGUUAAUCCGUUGGGUGAGAUUGUCGCCACCGUAGGGCAUGAUGAGUCGGUUGUUGUUGCCGAAGUUGAUUAUUCUGUGGUUCGGAUCACUAGGGAGAGCCUUCCUAUUCUGAAGCAAAGGCGUGAGGAUGUUUAUCAGUUCAUUGGCAUAAAUGACUAAUGUGUUUGGUCUUCCCAUGUGUAACAUUUAGCAGAUGUUCGGUUUGAUGGAUUAGAUCAGAUUUAGUAUUAUGGGUGUUGUUCGGCUGUGUAAAUAUGUAAAGAGAGUCCAAUACUUAAUCUAUGGAUUGAAUAUUGUGAAAUUUGUUUGAUUGUA